GAAUCACUAGUGUUGUGGUAAUGAUAACAAUAGAAAGAGAGGAGAAGGCGAUUCCUUUUUGUUUUCUUGAGGAGAAGAUUUCUGAUGAUGGAGGCUUCAAAGCUACUGAUAGCUUCGACCGUGAUCUGCCUCGUGUUCGUCGGAGCAUGGGCGGACGCCGGGGCCGAAGAGGAGGUCGUCGUCCAACACCUGGCGCCGGAUUCGGCGCUGAAACUGGAAUUGGAGCAGCUUAGGUCAAAAAUCUCCGCCCUAGAAGCUAGCAUUUUGGACAGAACGCGUGACCUGAAGAGCAAAGAUGAGACUAUCACACAUUUGGAAAUGAUCAUUGAAGAGAAGUCAAAAACACUUUUAUCAUUACAAAGCGAGAUAGAAUCAGUCCAGAAGAAGGGAGCUGGAGAUGCAGAGGAGCUUGUUAAAAAGGCUCAUGCCCGAGCUGGUGAACUUGAGAAGCAGAUGGCGAAACUUAGAAAUGAUAUUGAGUUACAGAACAAAAGAAGAGUUGCUUUGGAUGUUCAGGCUGGUGAAACUGAAAAGAAAGUGGGAGAACUUAAUUUAAAAUUGGAAAAUCUCCAGAAGAUAAAUGAUGAACAAAAACGUAGAAUUCAGAAAACUGAACAUGCUCUUCAUGUGGCAGAGGAAGAGCUUAUGAGGGCACAGCUAGAAACAAGAGCUAAGUCAAAGGAGUUGUCUCAGGCCCAUGGAGCAUGGUUACCACGUUGGUUUGCCGCUCAUAUCAAUCGCUAUCUGGAACUUGCAGCAACCUACUGGAAGCAUCAUGCAAAACCUACAUUGGACGUCUUCCUUCAUAAGGCAUUGGAGAAAUCAGCUCAGGCACAGAAACGGAUGGAACCCCACUUGGAAAUGGCCAAAAAUAAAUGGAUUCCUGCUAUUAAAGAGCGAUGGGUGAUUCUUGCAACAAAUGCUGAACCCUAUGUGCACACUUUAUCAGCUAAGACAGUCGAAGUGUAUCACACUUCUAAAGAUGCCAUAGCUACACAUGUAGUCAAAGUACAAGAACUGGGAGGUCCCUACUUCCAGGCAGCCAAGAGGUUUUCUAAACCAUAUAUCGAUCAAGUCGCUACUAUCACCAAACCUCAUUUCAAGAAGGUGCAAUUUGCUUUGAAACCCUACAAGAAACGUAUAGUUCGUGCUUAUGGAAAGUUUCAUAAAUCAGCAACAGUUUAUCAUCACCAGGUCCAAGCUGGCAUCCAUGAACAUUUAAAGAAAUAUGAAUUAACAAAACCUCUUGCUACCAAAGAGCUGGUGUGGUUUAUGGCUUCUGCUUUGUUGGCUUUACCCAUUUUCCUUGUAUACAGAUUCUUAUCAGAUAUUCUUUGCUCUAAAAACACAAGAAAGCCAACACGAAAUGCGCACGGAAGCCACACACACAGAAGGCCUAAGCGUAGACAUCCUGACAAGUAGAGUAUGAUAAAAAUAAAAUUAUCAACGUUGUACUUCUUAUAUUCGAGAUGGCCUCUGCUCCUAGUUCGC